UCCACUUUCUUUUCCCUCCUCUCUCUCUCUCUCUCUCUCCCCCUUUCGAUUCUAAUUUUUUCUUGCCGACCGCCAUUAAAUCAAAACUCUCCAUUUCCUCUUACAAUUCACUCUUCUUCUUCUUCUUCUUCUUCACUGAUUCCUCAAAUGCAAGAUAUCUUCGCUUCUGUUCGCCGAUCAUUGGUCUUUCGUCCUCCUCUCGACAACGAUGAUUCCCAUUCCCCUGCAAUUGGUGUUGGAGCCCUAGUUGAUAAGAUCAACUCCAGCAUCCGCAAAUCCAGAGUCUUCUCUAGACACUCCCCUUCCUCUUCCUCUCUCCCUCCCAUUCCUAAAGACACCGACCCUCCCAUUCGAUGGCGCAAAGGCGAAUUGAUUGGCUGUGGCGCUUUUGGUCGCGUUUAUAUGGGCAUGAAUCUUGGCUCUGGAGAGCUUCUUGCUGUCAAACAGGUUUUGAUUGCUGCAAAUGGUGCUUCGAAGGAGAAAGCGCAGGCUCAUGUUCAGGAGCUUGAGGAAGAAGUGAAACUUCUGAAGGAUCUUUCUCAUCCAAAUAUUGUUAGAUACUUGGGCACAGUCAGAGAGGAUGACUCUUUAAAUAUAUUAUUGGAAUUUGUCCCUGGUGGAUCGAUAGCAUCACUUCUGGGGAAAUUUGGAGCCUUCCCUGAAGCAGUUUUAAGAACAUAUACAAAACAGUUAUUAUUGGGAUUGGAGUAUUUACACAAGAACGGUAUCAUGCACAGGGACAUUAAGGGGGCAAAUAUCCUUGUAGAUAACAAGGGAUGCAUUAAGCUUGCUGAUUUUGGGGCUUCGAAACAGGUUGUCGAGCUGGCUACAAUUUCAGGAGCAAAGUCUAUGAAGGGUACUCCAUAUUGGAUGGCUCCUGAAGUAAUUCUGCAGACUGGUCAUAGUUUCUCUGCUGACAUAUGGAGUGUUGGAUGCACCUUUAUUGAGAUGGCUACAGGAAAGCCUCCUUGGAGCCAACAGUAUCAAGAGGUUGCUGCUCUUUUUCAUAUAGGGACGACAAAGUCUCAUCCACCAAUCCCUGAGCAGCUUUCGGUUGAAGCUAAAGAUUUUCUGUUGAAAUGUUUGCAGAAGGAACCAAACUUAAGACCAACUGCCUCUGAACUCUUGAAGCAUCCUUUUGUUAUAGGGGAGGAGACACAAUCUCAACUUAUGUCACGUGAUGCAUGCACGAUUUUCCAUCAUCAGGAGCCCCUGGAAACCCAUUCACCACAAUGUACUUCAGAACUUGAAAUGAGUAAAACUCCUACACAUCCUGGAUCAAGCGAUAUUUGUAAUUUGGAUAGUUUGAGAUGCUCAAAGGUAUACUCUACAAACAAACUAGAAAGUGAUAUGUGGGGAAGAAACAGUGAUGAUGAAAUGUGUCAGAUUGAUGACAAGGAUGAUUUUAUGUUAGAUGAAGUAAAAAUUGGCUCUUCUAUUAUACAUGAGAAUAUGAAGAGUUAUAAUCCAAUUUGUGAGCCCUCUGAUGAUGAGGAUUGCAAAUUUGAUAGAAGUCCAGUAGUAGACCGAGGAAGCAGUUUACAUGAAGAAGCUCUUGCACCUGGAAGCUGUUCUGGAGCUUUUGACGAAGAACAAAACUUCUCAUUUCCUAGUGGGCGAUCACUUUCUGAAGAUGAGGAUGAGCUUACUGAAUCAAAAAUUAAAGCUUUCUUGGAUGAAAAGGCUCUUGAAUUGAAGAAACUGCAGUCACCGCUUUAUGAGGAGUUCUACAAUAGUUUGAAUGCAUCCUGCUCUCCAGUUUUUAUGGAGAGCAAACAAGAUGAAAGCACUCCUAAAUACUUGAAAUUGCCCCCAAAAAGCCGGUCACCAAGUCGAAGUCCUGGUAACCCAUCCCCAGCGCUUGAUGCUUUUGGCACUGGUAGCCCAGGGAGCGGUAGCAGGGGUAAUGCAAAUGAUCAAAGGUCACAACUCAACGAUUGGAAAGGACUUCAUGGUCAGUCAGAAGCUGGUAGCCCAAGCAGUAAGAAUUAUUCUGAAAUACAGAGGAAGUGGAAAGAAGAGCUUGAUCAAGAGCUCGAGAGAAAACGAGAGAUGAUGCGUCAAGCUGGCGUGGGAGCCAAAACUUCAUCUCCAAAGGAUAAAGCCAUGGGCAGGCCAAGAGAGCGAACACGGUUUGCAUCUCCAUUCCGUGAUGAUGUGUCGGGUGCUGGGAGGGACAACAGGGAAAACUUCAUCUCCUGAGGCAGUUAUGAAAGAUUAGCAUCUUCAACGACUCCAGCUGAGUUUAUCUUCUCAUUUGUCAUUUCCCCUCUGCUGUCCUUGUGGAGAGGACUGUCCAUGAAGUGAAGAGGUCCCUUGAUGACUUACAUGAUCGAUUCUCAACUGGGGGGAAAGAGAGGAGACAUUGACGAUAUAUGCUAAUCUAUUUUUGUUCCUUUUUUCUUAUUGAUUUUGUUGGGAUGGGGAGGUUUUUAAAGGAUGCAUGUUUUUCAAAUUUGUAUCCAGUGGUGAAUAGAAAGUGUAUUAUUAGUGUACAAUAUUCUAUAUUCUGGGUUUGAUGAUAUAAAAAUGGCACAGGUUUUCUCUUUCCAA